GAUUUCCCCUCCAGCAGCGGAGCCUCUAGAAGCAGCUGCGUCGGGCCUCCCCGGCGGCGCCAGCCCUCUGUCCUGAUGCAGCUGCUGCCCCCAGCACCCCUCAUCCUCCCUGGAGAAGGCCAUGGACGCCCCUCCUUCGAAGGCAGCCUCUUUUCCCAAAGCGGAACCUUCAGCCUCUCCGGUGUCACCUUGCCCCAGGCUGGGCCGGUACCUGCUCAUUGAUGCCAAUGGGGUCCCUUACACGUAUACCGUGCUGAUGGAGGAUGAGGCGCCCCGGGCAGGCCCCAAGGGGGAGGCAGCCAGAGGCGAGCUUGGCCCUGGCUGCACCACCGUGGCCUCUCGAAAGGGCUUCGGCUGCCCAGAGUGUGGCCGGGUCUUUGAGAGCCCCUUCAGACUGCAGAGCCACAGGAUUUCCCACUCGGAGCUCAAGCCUUUCGUUUGCGGGGCCUGCGGGAAGGCCUUCAAGCGCUCCAGCCACCUGUCCCGCCACCGCGCCAUGCACCAGCCCGGAGGCAGCCGGUGCCACGCAUGCCCCCUGUGCCCACGGCGCUUCCACGAUUCCGGAGAGCUGGCGCAGCAUUUCAGGGGCCACUAGGUGGUGAGGGGAGCGUCGUGCAGAGCCUGCCUGGGCUUAGACUGGCCGGCAGGCAGCCCAUAACACCAGAUUGGGAGACGGAGGAGGACCUGGGUUCGAAUGCCGGCAGCUGUGACCGGUGCUAAUUCCAGGUGUCUUUUUCCUGGCUCCUGCAACAGGGGUCGGGCGGAGGCGGUGGGAGUAGAUGCUCAGAUCUGAGCACGUGGGAGACCCUCCCUCCUCAGGCUCCAGAGACACCGGGGAGGGAGGCCCCUGGCCGGCCUUAGAUACAGGGCUAGGAAGGGCUUGGGGGUCCCCCCCCCCGCGCAGCGCCAGCUGGGUGAGCGGCCCUCGGAGCCAGGCCCCUGGGCCGUUUGUGGAGAAUUUGGCCGGAGCAGGAUUAGAAUCCUGGACCCUAGGGGCUUGCGGUGGGGCCCCGACCCGCUCCUUGUUGUCUGAGCCUCAGUUUCUUGCCCUGUCACUUAAGGAGUUGGAGACGAGAUCUCUAAGCACCCCGAAUCCCCUUGAGGUGGGGGGACGCAAUCCUGGAUUCCUGGGUUUGUAUCUCUUUCCUUUCAAUAAACGCUCCUGGAUCUGAUGUCA